AACCGCGUCCAUGGCCGGGAAGGCUGGCCGCAAAGCCCCGGUUCCUCAGCCGGUGGUGGAGAUCUUGCAGUCUCAGGACUGGGAAGUUACGGAAUCCGGGACAAACCCAGCGGAGACAGUGUCUCCUCUGUCUGCCUUGUCUACGACCUCUCCGUUGUCUCCGUUGUCUUCAGCAGCCGGGCAGUCCGCCGCCGCCGCCGCAGAAGAGAGUUCGACAACCUCUAAGGCUACACCUGAUCAAGAGAAGAAUCUCUGGCAGCAGAUUUGCGAGGAAUAUGAAGCUGAGCAGCCUCCCUUUCCAGAAGGGUGUAAAGUAAAACAACAACCUGUGAUUACUGUUUCUUCUCCAUUGGAGGCAACAGUUUUUCCAGGUUUAAGUCCAGAACACUUUUUUCAAGUUACCCCAAAUUAUGCCAUUGUCCAAGAUGUACCUUGUGUAGCACCUGAACCUCCAGAAGUUUUUGACCCCAAAACAUGUUCUCCCAGAGAAUAUCUAGAAAAUUUCAUAUUUCCAGUGUUGCUUCCUGGAAUGGCUAACUUACUCCAUCAAGCUAAGAAGGAAAAAUGUUUUGAGCGGAAAAAAACAAAAUUUAUUGCCUGUGAUUUUCUGACUGAGUGGUUAUACAACCAGAAUCCAAAGAGGACAGAUGAGCCAUUCACAAAAUUCUUUUCAAUUCCAUUUGUGGCAGAUUGGCUAAAGAUUCAUCCUAGGCCCCCAAUUCCUCUCUCUCUCCUGCUAUCAGAAGAAGAAGCAACCCUCAUCAUCCAGUCAUUCUGGAGAGGCUAUCUGGUUCGUUGUGAACCUGAGAUCCAAGAAUUGCGCCAGUGGCAGAAGCAACUGAGGGAAGAUAAUCAUAUUCGUCAGAGAGUAAAAGAAUUCUGGGCUAAACAAGAAAAAAAAGUGAAAUGCACUUUAGAGGAUGAAGAAGAGCCUCCUACUCUGCAGCCUGAAUCAAACCCCAUUAGAGAUGCUCUGAGCAAACAAAUGCUAGCUGCCUCUUCUGUUUCUAAGUUUUAGACAUAAGAAUUCCCUGUAUGCUGGCAAAAUGAAAUGUCACUGAUGAACACAUCAAAAACACAGCUUUAUAGGCAGGUGUAAUUGAUUGUGUACAAAAUUACUCUCAUUUUUUCUCUGGAGCUUUCCCCCAAACAGGAUAUUUUUCUUUCAGUCACUGGUCUAAAUGUUUCCCUUCUAUGGUAUAAAACUGUUUCUGAAAAAUCGAGCGACAUUGGUACUCUUAACUGCCCAUCCCUAGUGCUAAUAGAUAAUGUAAUCCAGUUUAUUAGCAGUGUGCUAUUUUCCAGUUUUCUUUAAGCAUUCAAAUCUGUUUUUCCAUCUUUUUAAACUGAGAUUUCAAACCUGGGAAUUCUGGUUUUCUUUCCCUGAAGCUACAUAUAGUUUUCAACAAGUAUCUACUCAUUUUAAACUCUUUUGCUAUUGAAGUAGCUAAUUUCAAAAGAGAACAACUUUUUUUGGGUCAUGACAAUCUUUAACAUUUACUAGAAUCUAUAGAGUACAAAUGAAAGCAAUAAAAAAAGAAGAGACCAGCCAGAAUAAGUUUUUAGCUAAAACCUCUUGGCCUAAAGUAUUGGGGAUAUCUUUUACUGUCCUGCUAAAAUUAAUAUCAAAUCCGCAUUUAUUCUCCCAUUUGUAAUAUCUGAGGUCACUGCAUCUAAACUGCUGAGACUACCCAUAGGACCAGAUUUUGACAAAAGGUAUUGUUAGUUUAACAAGUUAACAACAAACAUUGUACGUAAAUAGUAAAGCCUUUAUUUUUUGUUAAGAACAGCAUUUUGAAAAUAAAACAUAUCUGCCCAUGCUUUACAA